AGCGCCUCCUACUUCAAGCCGAGACGCAAUGAAGAGUGGGAAGGCUAACAAACAUUUCUGUUUAGAGUGGAAAAAACACCGCUCUAUUAGCCUAUACCAGCUGAUUAUUACAUGCCAGGACGGUAGCCAGGAAACAACUCGGAAAGACAGACCAGAAAUCCUGUUUUUUCCUGGAGGGCUCGGCUUUGUAUUUGCGGAUGGAGACAUGUCCUCAACGGCGUCCAGGCCUUUAUUUGUUGUCUGAGAGGAGUCGUAGCUGACUGGCUAGCUGGCUAACUCCCCACUACCCCUUCACUACGAGCUAGCUACUUAGCGACAGAGGUGUGAAAAUAUAAAGAAAUCCGGCUUUGGCAGCCUGUGGUCAAGAGAACGACACCUGACAAUGAAUGGGCUUUCUGUGAGUGAGUUGUGUUGCCUGUUCUGUUGCCCCCCCUGCCCCAGCCGUAUUGCUGCCAAGCUUGCCUUCCUGCCCCCGGAACCCACCUAUGCCCUCCUGCCCGAUCUGGAGGCUGGGCCGGUACCGGCCGGACCUACGGGGACGUCAGGCCUCCGGUCCCGGGGAGGAGGUGGCGGGAGUUCGGUAGCUGGGGGGAAUGCUCCAGGGGAGGGGCGCUGGAAGCUCCACCUCACAGAGCGGGCAGAAUUCCAGUAUUCCCAACGGGAUUUGGAUGCCACGGAAGUGUUCCUGACUCGAUCUAGUAGGGGGAACAAAGUGGGCUGCAUGUAUAUCCGCUGUGCCCCCUCUGCCAGGUUCACUGUCCUGUUCUCCCAUGGUAACGCAGUGGAUCUAGGCCAGAUGAGCAGCUUCUAUAUCGGCCUGGGCACUCGCAUCAACUGUAACAUAUUCUCUUAUGAUUACUCUGGCUACGGGGUCAGCACAGGGAAGCCCUCGGAAAAGAAUUUGUAUGCAGACAUAGACGCAGCGUGGCAGGCUCUACGCUCACGAUAUGGCAUCAGCCCAGAGAAUAUUAUCCUGUAUGGACAGAGCAUUGGCACGGUGCCUACAGUAGACCUGGCAUCACGAUACGAGUGUGCAGCUGUGAUUCUCCACUCCCCCCUCACCUCGGGCAUGAGGGUGGCCUUCCCCGACACUAAGAAGACUUACUGCUUUGACGCGUUUCCCAACAUUGAGAAAGUGUCUAAAAUCACGUCUCCAGUGUUGAUCAUCCAUGGGACAGAGGACGAGGUGAUAGAUUUUUCCCAUGGGCUGGCCCUGUACGAGCGCUGCCCCAAAGCUGUGGAGCCGCUGUGGGUGGAAGGAGCCGGACACAACGACAUCGAACUGUACAGCCAAUACCUAGAACGCCUGCGUCGUUUCAUCGGGCAGGAAUUGGCCGCACAACAUGCCUAAGCUCUCCUUCAUCUCCCUCUUGUCAUCCCACCAUCUCCCAGUCCAAGCGAGACUGAGAUGGAUGCGUCAGUAACUUAUUGAAGGCUGCCAUUUUGUAUGAACAACGCUACUGUUGGAGCAGCUCGACACAUGCUCUGCUGCUCACAUUUGUUUUAAUUUUCUCCCUUUGUUUUUUCAUCUCCAUGUACAUGUGAGUGCGCAUGUGUGUGUAUAUAAAUGUGUGCGCAUGGGAACUCUGGGGAAUGGAAGUGGAAUUUCUCUGGAGCAAGAAUGGAUGGACAAAUUCCUCUGCCUGUUUCAGUCCAAAGGAAAGAAGCCAGACGCUGUCCUGUACCUCCAACCUAAUGGUGUUUCUCAACAUCUGAGCAUUCAUUUGUCAGUUGAGCGGUGCUCAUCUCUGACCUGCUCCCAUGAUGCCUCAGCCUGAGAGAUCUUCACUUCCCACUUCUCAUCAGGCAGCCCUAAAAUAGCUCAUUUCUCAGAGCCUGGCAAAUUUCCUAGCCUUGCUGACCCUGCAGGAUGGAAUAAACCGGUUGUUUGGUGGACGAUUUCAGGAUUAAGUUUUGAAGCAUCCUACACAGGUGCAAUGAUGCCCUCCUCUGCAUCUUCAUUCACUCGUCUAACCAAUUGGCUUCCUCUGGACGAUGUGUGUGGGUUCAUCCAAUACUGACAUCUAUGCACCGACGUUCCCUUCCAAUGAGUUUUUGCCUUUAUGUAAAAGCUGAGCUUGGGAUAAGAUGACACCUAAUGAUCUACACCGCUCCAGGCAAAGAAAACCACAAUCCUGGGACGUUGGCUUUUGUUUUUGCUGUCUCUUUCCUUUCUUCUCAGCAUGUGAGGGUGUCCAUAGCACCCUGAGGUGAAAGAAACUGGGAGGGCUUCUUGCUCAUAAUCAUAUUUCAGUGAAACCACCCUACUUGGGAUGACAUGAUACAGAGUACAUUCAGGUCCAAAUCCAUACAUCAUGUUACUGAACUGUUGGGCCAGUAGAAAGAUCAAGGUUUCAUUAUCUUGUCGGGACUUUCCUAAAGCCAAAUCUUCGGUGUAGCAUUUCCACAUUCAUUCUCAAGUAGUUUAACCUUCUGAACAGGUUUUUGGUUACUGGUUUACUUGUGUAAGAACAAAAAAUGCACACAACGCAGGUAGCAGUCAGGUAAAAACAGAAAGCACUUCUGAAACCUUUGGCAAAAACACACAACUAGCAACCAGUUUUUCUUGUUUUCAGACUGACGUCAACUAUGUUUCUAUCAUGGAAAUGUUACUCCUCUCUUGUUGGCAUUUGAAAUGGAGCUCAAACUAUAAUCAUGCAUAUUUACUCUGUCUCUUUGGUGAUUUAUGUUUAAGCAAAUCAUUUCAAAGCUGAGCACAUCAUUUAAACACUCAUUUUAACGAUAAUAAAGGAUUUCCCUUUUUCAUUCAACGUCAAAUUGUUAGUUAGUGGCACAUGGUUUAAUCCAUCCAAGCAAUGUUCUGAGCUGUAGGUAGGUUUAAAGCUUAUAACUAACAAUAAAGGCACAAAAGUGAGGUCAUUCUAAACCUAUUGUUGCUGUGUCUAGUCAAGAUGCUUGUCUUCAAAAGGAGUUCAUCUGAUAUGAUCUGGACGCAGCUAUGACUCUUAAAGCUAUCGGGUGUAUUAGGAAGAUUGGAAAAGCUUUGAAAAACACUAGCAUUUAAUUCAAAAUCCUUCUGAGGUGUCUUUCGUUCAAACUAAGCUUUUCAACUGUGAAUUAUCAAGGGAACUUGCUGCUAUAGAUCUCGAUUGAAUGGUCUCAAUGAAAUUAAAGAGCCGAACCCUGCAACCCUUUGUUGUUUUCCGAUGCAUCGCAGACUACCAUGCCUUUUCAGUGAGAUAAGACAUUGUGGUCUUGUCAUUCUAAUUUCCACAAUUUAAUUUGAUUCAUUUAUUUCAACAGCUUGUCUAGGUAGGUCUUUGCUAGAUAAGGUAUUCGGAUUUUAAUGCACCAGAGUUGAUUGGACAUCUGAUUUCAUCGCUAGAUAUUCUGUCUAUUGUAUUUGUUUUCUGGUUAAACUUAAUCUAUCCUCACAUUUUCUCAGCUUUAGAUGUCAUUCCCAUACACCGUUGGAUAAAAGUCUAAUACAUAUGGGACAUAAAAGUGGAAACACUUCAGGAAUGUCGAAGUCGUUAUCGGAUUGGUUAAAUUCUACAGGAUUUCCGCGAGACGUGCGAGUCGUGUUCUUUAACGUUCCGCCUGGAAACACACCAAACCCCCUCACGAAAGAAGAAAGCUGUCUUGUUUACAAAUGUGACGGCAAGCGCUUAUCAGGAUCAACUAAACGCUGAAUUUUCACGGCAUAGAAUCUUUCAAAUAUGUCCAAGAGUUUUACACACCGGUCUGUUAUUGUUGCGACAUUUCCAUGCCUCGAUACGAGACGACGAGCGAAACAAACUGUGAUUGGUUGUUGGACAUGUCAGUCAAAUGGCCUCAUGGGUGGGCCUUGGCCAAUGGAAGCUGCCAUGAAUUCCAGACCUUCAGCCAGAAGGUCUGGCUACGCGAGACUAAUCCACACACCAGUGCCCUGGUUAAACUGACUCCCAAUAAUGCACAAAGCACAGUGAUUCUGUAUUCUGAAAACAAUGGUUUGUACAUAAUAUCUGAAACCUAGUUCCAGCAAAUCUGAUUCCAUGUUUCAUAUAAGUAUGUAAUCUGUGGUUGGAUACAAAGGGGCUUGUUCAUUCUCCAUUCUAACCAAAGAUGACAGGUGUUGGGAGUUGCGAUGGCCGCCCACUGCCAUUUGUCAGCGCUCAGAUGUUGAUUGAAGGAGGAGGCGGUGGACUUUGGCUGUUCAGACAGAGCCAGGUCUCACACAAUACAGACUGCUGUUGAUGCCCCAGAGGGGAAGUUUUUGUGUGGACUGUUGGUGUGUGUUUACCUCCUGUAAGACACAAGUGUUUGGAGGACCGAAGCAAUACUGACUUGGAGCCAGCAGACUGGAUGUGAGGAUGCUUUGUGUGUGCACACAACAGGGGAGGACAUUGAUUUGGGGUGGGCCUGGAGUUACCCAGAGUCUCCAUCCCAACACAUUCAGAUUCAUCAGUUUUUAUUAAGAUUGUUUUUUUUUCUUUUUCUUGUUUAAAGAAAGUAAGUUAUAGAAAAGUCUUUUUAAAACUAUCAGAUGUAUGUACUGUAUAACAUUGUUUGAGAAGCUUAAUCUUGAGGUUUGAAAAUCAGUUUUUUUAUCUUAAUGGAUCGGGAGCAAGAGUCAUUGGGGUGUUACGGUUUUAUCCUUUUAUGCAUUAUUGUAAUCUUGUGGUUUUUAGUUUUAAAUGUUUUUUUUUUCCUUUUCCAGAAUUAAUAAUAAAAAGAGAUCUUAGAAUAAAUAAAAUUAUGAAUUGAUAA